AUGGACUCGGGCCUGGGGGAGGCGGGCGGGAGGAGUGGGGGGACACAGAAGGUUUUCCCCGCGGGCGGUGACGUUGACCCGCACUGGAAAGCGGAGCUCUCCCGUUUACCUUCUCAUAUACUGAAAAGUCGCAGCGUCAUCUCCUUCUGCCUAGGACUACGUGACAACCGGUACAGUACAAACGGUCAAAUUGGCCUUAAAAGUCUCCAGUCCGGUGUUACAGAGAAGACCUCUGCCUCCGCCGAGGACACUCUGGCUUCACAAAACACGAAAAUGAUUUCAUCCUUAGUGAUUUCGCAGCUGAUCAACGAGAAUAGGCCGAAGGAAAACAGUGCCACCGUGCGGGGGCUGUGCGCCGACCCUCGGCCUCCCACGUGGCCCCUGAAGCGGUCUCUGGCCAGCCGCAGUGGAGUCUCCAUUGACAGGGCCUUUGCGUUCCUUCCCGGCCAGCUGGGACUUCAGACACCGGCCGGGGUGCGAGGACCCGAGACUGAGCUGGCCCCCAAAGAGGAGAAGCCGUGCGGCAGCCCCCAAAAGGGGUUUGCGUCCAUCACCAUCACGGCCAGGCGCGUGGGCCCCCCGGCCAGCACCCUGGUGUGGGGAACCGUGGGGGACCCGCCGUGCACCCAGUGCAGGUCCCAGGCCCCUCUGCUCAGGGACCCCUCUGCUCUGGCCAGCGGUGCUGAUCCGUGUCGGCACCAUGGACCUUUCGCCUGCGCAGAAUCCUCCAGAAAUGGCUCCGUGAUGAGGCUGAAGUUCCCGGAGGCCGACGCACGGCUGUGUGAGGGACACCAGUACUGGGUCACCAGCGUAGACCACGGACAGGACAAGCUCUCCCCAGGCGCCCCCCCGUCGGGAAAGAGCCCGCUGCUGUUCAGCUCCUGCAUCCACCUCAGGGUGUCUCGGCCGUGUCCAAAUGCCAUCUACUACCUAGACGGGUCCCUCGCGGUCCCUAUGGAGCCAACUCAGCUGGCCCGCCCCAAAGUGCACAGAUCGGUCCUGUCGCUCAACCUAAAUUGCAGUUCACACAGAUUGACACCAGAUGGGGCAGACGGCACAGCCAACGGAGGGCCAAUCGGCGGCGCCCCAAAGCCCCAGCUCACCGAGGGGGGCGCUGGCCUCCUGGGCCCGCGCUGGGCCCAGGCCAUGCACCCAUCCCUGGAGCAGGUGCAUUUGGGGACUGGCACGUGUCCUUGGAGUGGCUCCCCUCCCUUGGAAAAUACAGAACUCGCAGACGUAGGAACGCGGCAGAUCACUGUCAGGAAAGGGAAGGGGGACCACACAACUGGCUGUCACUCCAGCGCUCACGCCAACCAACUGUCCAUUCACAUUCCCGGCUGGAGCUACAGGGCAGGAGACUACACCUGCUGUGACUUGGUCGUGCAAAUAAAGGAGUGUAAGAAGGGCGAAGCCACCACGCCUGAGCCCGAGCCGGACCCUGCACCGCCCGAGCCGGCGCCCUCCGAGGAGCCAGAGACCCCUGACCUGCGGGAGGACUGCUCCGAGUGCCAGCAAAUACCUGCCAGCUCCUCUUUGACCUUGCAGGAAGCCCUGGAGGUCCGGAAGCCUCAGUUCAUCUCGCGCUCGCAGGAGCGGCUCAGGAAGCUGGAGCUCAAAGCUCAGCAGAGGCGAGCCCAGCGCAAGGAGAGCCCGGGGCCGAAGCAGGGCCCCCCGCCCGCCCGGGCCGGCAGGAAGCAGUUCACCGUCCCCCACCCGCUGAGUGAUAACUUGUUCAAACCCAAAGAGAGGUGCAUUUCGGAGAAGGAGAUGCACAUGCGAUCUAAAAGAAUCUACAACAACCUGCCGGAGGUGAGGAGGAGGAAGGAGGAGCAGCAGAGGCGGGUGGUGCUGCAGAGCAACAGGCUCCGCGCCGAGGUCUUCAAGAAGCAACUACUGGACCAGCUCCUACAGAGGAACGCGGUGUAACCACGGCUGCCCCGCCGCCCCAGCCUGGACCCGGAUAGCUUCAGACGCUGGACACACCAUUAAACGUGGCCCAACCUUCACGAUGUCAAACACUUAUUUUUACUUUUGAUUUUUUUUUUUCAUAAAGGAAAACCUAGCUUCCAAAUCGCUGAGCCAAACCAAACAGAAACAAUGAUGCUUGAGGAAGUGGCUCAGCAGACUGGUGGGCGAUUGAGUCACAGAGCCCACCAGAACCCUGCUCUUCUUUCUUCUGAAUUUUCCCUUUGCUUACAACCCCCCAUUUUCACCCAGUCAGAAAGGCCUUACAGGCUCCUGAGGGCUUAGAUCCCAGGGGGU